CUCGAUACUAUAUUUAUAUUCGAAAUCGAGGGUUACACAAGUUUAGUACAAGUUGCAAGAGGCCACGUAGAAAUAUCAGUCGUGCGCGCAUAUUUUAGCAUAUCUGUUAGCGUUUGUCUAGCGUUUUUAUAAUCUUUUUUUCUCGAAGUAAAAAAAUAGAACGUAUUUUUUGAAAUACAGAUUUCUACGAGAACUUCGGCAAAGUACUUUGGAUAACCUAAUACAAAUUAGUUUUACGCGCGACGACUAUAAAAUGGGUUUUAAGAAUGUCACUCACUGCAUUUUCGACAUGGACGGUCUAUUACUGGAUACAGAGUCCUUGUAUUCGGUGGCAUACAGUCGUGUUAUUCAAGAGUAUGGAAAAAUGUACACUUGGGAACACAAGGCAAAAAUUAUGGGUUUGAAAGGCAUUGAAGGUUUGCAUACUCUAAUAAGUAUGUUACAUUUGCCUAUUACAGUGCAAACGUUUGAGAGCAAGCUGGCUCCUAUAUAUCAAGAAAUAUUUCCUCAAUGUGAUCUUAUGCCGGGUGCGGAAAAGCUGCUCCUGCAUCUUAAAAAAAAUAAUAUACCUAUUGCACUAGCUACAAGUUCAACUCAAGAGAGUAGCGAUUUGAAAACUCGAAAAUGGAAACAUAUAUUUAACUUAUUUAACCAUAAAGUAUAUGGUGGUUCUGAUCCAGAGGUUCCCAAUGGGAAACCAAGUCCAGAUAUAUUUUUAGUUGCUGCAAAACGUUUUCCUGAUAAUCCUGAUCCUUCAAAGUGUCUAGUCUUUGAAGAUUCACCGAAUGGAGUGCAAGCUGCUCUUGCUGCUAAAAUGCAGGUGAUAAUGGUGCCAGAUCCUCAACUUCCUAAAGAUCUCAUUACAGAUGCUACAUUGGUCUUAAAAAGUCUGGAAGAUUUCAAGCCAGAAGAUUUUGGAUUACCACCGUUUGUAGCAUGAAAUUAUUUAUUUUUAGCUCAGCAAAGAGGAAUUAUAUUUAUUUUAGCUCAUUAAAGAGAAUGUAGAGAUUAAUUUUAUGUAACUAAGCCAGAUUAUGAGACAUAAUUAUUAACAAAAAAAGACAUAUAACUAAGCCAGAUUAUAAGGCAUAAUUAUUUAAAAAAAACCUGCAGGCAGGUUUUUUUUUAA